UAUUCAAGAAUUCCCUCUUUCGCUAGGAUGGGCCCUAAAAAAGAAUAUAAAACUUGGUAACAAAGGUGCCGGAAAACGCAUGACAAAAAAAGUAUUGCAGUACUUGCAAGGAUUUUUUUUGGCAGGUAAUUUGAGAGCUGAAGAUCAUUACUCACCUGAAGACAUGCAUGCUAACUUAGAAGAUCUGGCAGCAAAUGGGGAACUUACUUUUGAGAAAAUACCAACAGAGGCGUCAGAAAAAGCAUUAUCAGAGAGUAAUAGUUAUACUAUAACAUCUGUUGAAAACGUCAAUACUAAACGUCGAAA